AUGGCGAGCUCUGCAAGAAAGCCCUCUACACCUCUCUCCUCCCACGGCAAUCGACGGACUUCCACCGACAGUCACCAUUCGUCGCCCAAUGGAUCGCCCAACGGUCUCGGACGGUCCUCGUCCACAAGACACUCCCCCGCACCAGUUUCCGCCCGCGCGGCAGCAAGGAGGCCUCCUGGUCGCUCCAACCUGAGCAUGAGUAGCGUUCCGCGAAACUUCAUGAACCCCCAGGCCGACGACGAUGCUAGAGCCGCAAAUUCCACCCUGAUCGGGGAACUCAGAGAGCAGCUGCAAAAGGCAGAGCUUGUUUCGGAACAGUACCGCAAACAGCUGGGAGUCCUACAGAUGCGACUGGAUGAAGCCGUUGAGCAACAAACACGUUUGGAGGAGCAAGCGCAUGAGAAGGACAGCAACGCCGAUGCCCUGCGUGAUGAAGUCAAAGAGCUUUCCCGGCAACUUCGCGAUAUGGAGCAGACGCAUGAAACUGAAAGAGCAGCGAUGAUAAAGGACAAGGAGGCCCAAGCCAGCAGAGAGGAGGAGCUCAAAUCCACCAUCCAGCGCCUGAAGGAGACUAUUUCUCAAAAAGAUCUGCGGAUGAAUGUGGAGAAUGAUCGUACUCUAUCUCGCUCUCCCUCUUUCCGAAAUCGAGCCUCCCAAGAUGUCGAGAAUGGACAGUUUGCUCCCUCUUCGCAGCUCCAGCGUAGCCCAUCGCGGAAUAACUCGAAACUGAUCUUACAAAAGGACAAGCUCAUUGAGUCCUUGAGGCUAGAGUUGGCGGAAUCUCAGAUCAAGUUAAUUGAGAUGGAAAACAUGGGCGGCGGUCGCCAGCGGGAUCUGGAACGGGAAUUGCUUGAAGCCCGGAUGGCAAAUGCUCGCUUAAUGGAAGAUAACGAGAGUUAUCAACUGCUUCUAAGCGAAAAGACCCUAAAUGGUGAUUUUACUAAAGGGGAUUUCAUGCAUCAAAAUGCUGCCGAUAACCAGCUUAACACAACGGGGUCCGGCUCGUUGGCGGACGAACUAGAGUCUGCUGCCGAAGGAGGAGAAGCAGAGUCACGCCGUCGUCUUGAGGCUGAGCUCAAAACGCAAGUUGACCACAACAAGGCCUUGAGUCUUUAUAUAGAGAGAAUCAUCGGCCGCCUCCUACAGCACGAAGGGUUCGAGCAUAUCCUGGACAAAAGCGAGAAUGAUGUUCCUCGUAACCCCACAGCCAAAACCGCUGGGUUGGAUAAAGAAUUGCCCCCGCCGCCCCCUCAAGAGAAGAACGAAGCCGGUGGCCCUACGCUCCUUCAGCGCGCCAAGUCUGUCAUGGCCGGCCAGGCAACACGCCCCAAGCCUCGACCUGUCAGCCAGCUCAUGCAGGCCGCUCCAGGCCAAGAUCAACAGCCCGCAUCGCACUCGACACCGCAUGAAAACCCGGAAACGGCUCCCAGCAUUCCCCUUAACCGCUCUCGAACAGUCCAACAUCGCCGAGCAAGGUCAGAUCAGGCCGAUGGAAUUGCAGCAGCCGCUGUAGUUGGUCAGCUGUAUCGCGGCUCUGCUGGGCGAUCUCCACCGGUUGGCCCUAUGAGUCCAGGCAUUAGUCCGACAAUGUCUCAAGGCCCGUUAUUCUCUGGCUCUUUCUCCUCAAAACGCAAUUCGGGCAACUCGACGCACGGAGCCUCGAUGUCAAGCAGGGGGGGUGAGCGUGACAGUGUUCUGAGCGAUCGCAGCGGUGAAAUAGCGUCCCAAGGAACUAAUUCAUCACCGCCCCGUCAUAGCUCUGGUAUGAAUAACUACACCGGAGCUGUGAUGACCCAAAGCAAAUUACGCCCUCUACGACUCGUCCAAGAGAAUAGGGAACUCGACAGUGGAGAUCAAGGCGGCAAGACCUCGGACGAUGACGAGGCUGCCCGAAAGAAAGCCAAUCGAGGAAGCUGGAUUUCGUGGUUCAAUCGUACGAAUUCAAACUCGUUUGAGCCGCCAAAGACGCCAACUAGUUAG